UAUAUAAAAAAAAACGCCAGAGUGUUGCAUGCAUGAGCGUCCGAAAGGGUGAGAAAAUGACCAUCAGUAUUCAGGAGCACAUGGCCAUUGAUGUCUGCCCUGGUCCCAUCAAACCCAUUAAACAGAUCUCUGACUACUUCCCUCGUUUUCCGCGGGGUCUCGCCGCAGCCGUCAACCACAGCAGCCCGGCCCGGACCCCCGCCAGCCCGCCCCCCGCCCACGCCCGCGCCCACGACACCGCCCGGCCCCAAGAGGGCCAAGAGGAGGAGGAGGAGGACCGAGUGGACGGAUCGCUUGGGACCGCGGCGGGAGCCAUCGCCAGGAGGGAGGAGGAGCAGGAGAAGGAGGACGAGGAGGAGGAGGGGGGGGGGGAGCCCGAGGCGGAGGGAUACGAAUCCGACGACUCCACCACCCUCGGCACGUUGGAUUACAGUUUGCUGUACGACCAGGAAAACAACGCUCUACACUGCUCAAUCAACAAAGCCAAAGGUCUCAAGCCAAUGGAUCACAACGGCCUGGCUGAUCCCUACGUCAAGCUCCACUUGCUUCCCGGAGCCAGUAAGGCCAACAAACUCCGCACCAAGACUCUGCGAAACACUCUGAACCCCGUGUGGAACGAGACCCUGACCUAUUACGGCAUCACAGACGAGGAUAUGGUCAGGAAGACUUUGAGAAUCUCGGUGUGCGACGAGGAUAAAUUCCGCCACAAUGAGUUCAUCGGAGAGACCAGAAUCCCCCUGAAAAAACUGAAGCCGAAUCAAACCAAAAACUUCAACAUCUGCUUGGAGAAACAGCUGCCGGUAGACAAAACAGAGGACAGGUCGCUGGAGGAACGUGGCCGAAUCCUCAUCUCCCUCAAGUACAGCUCGCAGAAGAUGGGGCUGGUGGUCGGGAUCUCACGCUGCGCACACCUGGCGGCCAUGGACGCCAACGGUUACUCGGACCCUUACGUCAAAACCUACUUGAAGCCGGACGUGGACAAGAAGUCAAAGCACAAGACUGCUGUCAAGAAGAAAACGCUGAACCCGGAGUUUAAUGAGGAGUUUUUCUACGACAUCAAACAAGGCGACCUGGCCAAAAAAACCCUGGAGGUCACGGUCUGGGAUUAUGACAUCGGCAAAUCAAAUGACUUUAUCGGCGGGGUGACACUGGGAAUCAACGCCAAGGGCGAGAGGCUGAAGCACUGGUUCGAUUGCCUGAAAAACAAAGACCGGAAGAUUGAACGCUGGCACACACUGACUAAUGAGCUGCCGGGGUCUGUGCUCAGCGACUGACACCCGCCGUCACAACCCCACCGUGGGGACGGGAGAGACCGAGGACAGCAACGGGAUCCUGGCUCCUGAGGCAGGAAGGUGUCACAUUCCUUGUCGCAAGCCGCUUGCUCACUCGCUCGCUCGUCCAUUCAAUCGCUCGACGAAGCUCAUCAAUCGGCUCCUUCUUCCCCCUUUCAGAACUGCUCACGUGCACUAACACCACCUUUGUAUGUUUCGAUGACUAUUUUGUAACCGCAGUUAUUUACACCCCAACCGCUCCCCUCCUCUCCCCCCAC